AUGGAAGAUGGCAACAAUGGAUUUAUCCUACACGUGGGGAAACAUGUUACGUGUGAGGGAAAUCCACCAGAACUCAGUGAUUCCCACAAAUUAACCAAAAAAAUAUUCUGGCGAGAAAGAAUCAAAGGGAUUCGUUAUGUGGUGGCACCAAUGGUUGACCAAAGUGAGCUCGCAUUCCGAAUGAUGCUACGAAAACAUGGUGCGCAUCUUUGUUUUUCACCAAUGAUUCAUGCGCAACUUUUUGUGACCGAUGCUACUUAUCGCCGUACGGCGUUGUCGACAUGUCUUGAUGAUCGACCUCUUGUUGUACAGUUUUGUGCUAAUGAUCCGGUGAUACUACUAAACGCGUGCCAGUUAGUUGAAAGCUUUUGCGAUGGAGUAGAUUUGAACCUGGGUUGCCCUCAACUUAUUGCCAAACGUGGACAUUAUGGCGCGUAUUUGCAGGAAGACUUAAAAUUGAUUUGUGAAAUGAUUACAUUGCUACAUUCGCGUUCACGAUUACCUCUGUCCUGCAAAAUACGAAUUUUGCAGGAUAUUAAUGAAACGGUCGCGUAUGCCAGAGCAUUGGUGAAAGCAGGUGCUUGUAUGCUUACUGUUCACGGAAGAACUCGAGAGCAACGAGGUCCGAAUACUGGUCUAGCGGAUUGGUAUGCAAUGCGCGCCGUCGUAAGCGCCGUUGAUGUGCCGGUCUUAGCAAACGGCAAUAUUCAGUUACCCGGUGAUGUUGAUCGGUGCUUAGAAAUAACGGGUGCAAGUGCUAUAAUGAGUGCAGAAGGUAUCCUUUCAAAUCCAUACCUAUUUGAAAAACGACACGAAGUAAAUUGGACUGCAGCUCGGGAGUACCUGGAUUUUGCAGAACGUUAUGAAUCUACUACUAGUGCUAUCCGAGCUCACUUAUUCCGUAUAUGCCACCACAGUUUAUUAGAGUACAGUGAUUUACGUGAACGUUUAUCAUACGUCUGCACUACAGAAGAUUUUCGUCAAAUUAUGGAUGAUUUGGAAAGGCGUGUUUCUAAGUCAAUUUCAAGCUCAGGAUUGGAAUUUACAGUACUGAAAGAAAUAGCUUUGGCUACCUCUCCUGCAUUGAUGCCUCAUUGGAUUUGUAAGCCCUAUUAUCGUCCGAUGCGCAAUGAUUCAUCUAUUUCUGAUUCGGUGUAUCGUGAACGACGGCGGGCGGAGCUUGAUGCUUUGGCUCAGAAGACUGGUCUUUCAAAGAGACAGUUACGUAAGCGUGAGAAGCGGAAAAUUGAAGAUCGAAAGGAACAGUGCAAGAUUCAAACUUAUUCGAAGUGUUUACGUUGUGAUUUACCAGCCAGUCAGGGUUGCACAUUCGUUUAUUGUAGGAAUUGUUGUCGUUUCAGAGCUGCGACGGAACGAAAGGACUGUAAAACUCACAAUUUCCAUUUUACUACAAAGAUACCAUGGUGUUAUCGUGAACAUGAUGGUUCAGCGGCAAUUGCAACAGCGCUUAUUUCCGGAAUAAUGGGAUUGUAG